CCCGCGCCGCUCCCCACUGGGCUCGCGCACUCGUCCCUGGAUGGGAAGUUGGGGGAGAUGGACCGGGUCUCGCUGGCGUGGAUGGCGCUCUUCGGGCUGACAGCCCUGGCAGGUGGUCUCCAGGUCACAGUGCCCGACAAGAAGCAGGUGGCCAUGCUCUUCCAGCCCACACUGCUCCGCUGCCACUUCUCCACGUCCUCCCGCCAGCCCGCCGUCGUGCAGUGGAAGUUCAAGUCCUACUGCCAGGAUCGCAUGGGGGAGUCCCUGGGCAUGGCCUCUCCCCGGGCCCAGUCUCUCAGCAAGAGAAACCUGGAGUGGGACCCCUACCUGGACUGCUUGGACAGCAGGAGGACCGUUCGAGUGGUCGCUUCAAAACAGGGCUCGACCGUCACCCUGGGAGACUUCUACAGGGGCCGAGAGGUCACCAUCGUCCACGAUGCAGAUCUUCAAAUUGGAAAACUCAUGUGGGGAGACAGUGGACUCUAUUACUGUAUCAUCACCACCCCCGAUGACCUGGAGGGCAAAAACGAGGACUCGGUGGAGCUGCUGGUGUUGGAGUGGGUGUUUGUGGGGCUGGUGAUCCUGGGCGUCUUCCUCUUCUUCGUCCUGGUGGGCAUCUGCUGGUGCCAGUGCUGCCCGCACAGCUGCUGCUGCUACAUCCGCUGCCCGUGCUGCCCGGAAUCCUGCUGCUGCCCUCAGGCCUUGUAUGAAGCAGGGAAAGCAGCCAAGGCCGGGUACCCUCCCUCUGUGUCCUGUGUCCCCGGCCCCUACUCCAUCCCCCCUGUCCCCUUGGGAGGAGCCCCCUCAUCGGGCAUGCUGAUGGACAAGCCGCAUCCACCUCCCCUGGCUCGGAGCGACUCCACUGGAGGAAGCCGCAGUGUUCGCAAAGGUUACCGGAUCCAAGCGGACAAAGAGCGGGACUCCAUGAAGGUCCUGUACUACGUGGAGAAGGAGCUGGCUCAGUUUGACCCGGCCCGGAGGCUGCGGGGCCACUAUAACAACACCAUCUCGGAACUCAGCUCCCUGCACGAGGAGGAUGGCAAUUUCCGCCAGUCUUACCAUCAGAUGCGGAGCAAGCAGUUCCCUGUGUCCCGGGACUUGGAGAGCAAUGCUGACUACUGGUCGGGCGUCAUGGGAGGCAGCAGUGGGACGAGCCGGGGGCCCUCGGCCGUGGAGUACAACAGAGAGGACCGGGACAGCUUCAGGCACAGAAUGACUUUCCAACCAGGAUGUCCCUUGUGGUCUGAUGUUUGUUCGAGACAUCUCUCUGGAUGACGAGAAUCAGAAGUGGACAAUGGGGACAAGACACAAAUCCAAGCGCCAGCAGGCCGGGACCUUCUCCGGCCGCCACCUUGGAAGGUUUGCUGAUCUUUGCUUUGGCCAGGGAUGGGGGAAGCCUGAGUGAGGCUGAUUCCAAACCUCAGUACCAUGUGACGGGUUUGAGAAAUCGCCAUGGGAGUGACUGCGCGCAGGAACGUUCCACACGCGCAUUUCUCGCCCGCCCAGUCUCCUUAGCCGAACCAGGAUUCUUUCCAAGUCUGACAGGAGUGAGCUGGGGACGCUAAGCUCCAGGAAUGCCGCUGCCUCCAGCACGCAUUUCCGUGCCUCCUGGCUGUGCCGAGAGGCAGCAGAACUUAUUACUGCUAUCAGAAGGCCUUCUGCUGACGACGGGAGGGAGCUUCCGGCUAAGUAUACGUGUUAUCCCAUCUCCUCCUCGUCACUACUCAGCGACUGCGGUUACACUGAAGUCAGAAGCUGUGAGUGAGCUCAUGACAGAAAUGACUUCAAUUUGUUGUCGGAACAACACGGAAGAGAGUAUAUACCUGUUUGGAAAGCUAAGUGGGUUCAUUUUCCAUUCUGAGAACAUAAGCUGCUUUUUCUCUCUCUGCUGCACACGGCUGAGUCUUGAACAAGAGCUGGGGCCACACAGAGCCUGCCUCCCUCCACAUGGCGACAGGCUUUACGAUAAAUGCUCCACAUCUGCACGUGCAGGAGAAGAGGGAGCAAAAGGAGAGGAUGCAGUAAUGGACUGAAGAGAAAAGAAUGCAUGUUCUCAUACUUGGAAUAUGGGCCAUUUCCCUCCCGAACUCCACGUGAUCUCCCUGGGUUUGUACUGCGUUUGCCAUGUGUAGUUUCUGCCACAGCAGCUCUGCUGUUCCAGGACCCGGAGACGUGCCCACGCACCUUGGCCUCACUGUGUGGCCACUCCAGACACUUUGGGAGACAAGGGACGCUGCUUCCGGAGGAGCACUUCCUGUCCCCACCAUGGCCUAAACGACAGGUUUGCCUCCCGAUAGAUCACUCUGGGUUUUGUAAUUUGUGCAAAUUGAAAAAAAUGGCCACACUUUCCUUCUCACCCAGAAGUGAAGUCUUGUCUCUCCACCCUGGAAUCUGGCAUGGCCAGGUGAUGUGAUUGGGCUGUCCCACGGCAUGAUGGGAGAAAGGGCCCAGUUCCCCCUCCCCCUCUCUGAUUGCAGACAUGAGGGAGCCCAGCUAAGACCAGCAGAAGAACCGCCAGUGAGCGAGCCCACAUCACUGACUCCUACUCAAGGCAUGAGACCUUGCUCUCUUUACAUGUUCAUCUUCUUCUUGCUUCACUGUCCAGCCCCGAAUCCCUGACUCCAUCCAGCCUUGGGUGUCUCACAGUCUCCACUUUCUUGGACAGACUUUGGCCAAAGCCUUUCUCCCCAGGCUAUAUGGCAGGACUCGUGGUUGGGUCCAAUCCCUGGAGGGUGCUCGCCUGCCACACGGGUCCAUCCUGUACCUGUGGUUCCCUGGACAGCUUCCUUCUUCAGCAUCUCCUUGGGCUUCUCCAGGGCCACCUGACUGGAGCUGGGCCUCAUUCUCAGAGGACCAUUCCAUUUGCAUCAGGUUUUGCCAAAACAGUCGUGUGCAAUGAAACGAAGAAGUGGCUGGGUGAGGCCAGUGGAUGGGUUGAUAUCAUUGCUUGGAGAACUGGGCUACCAAGGACUCCGUGGUGGCUCUGGCCUGUCCGAGAGGACCCAGGCGGACAGUUCAGCCCAGUGCUGGCACUUCCAAGGGCUGGAAGACAUGAGCCAUAACCCUGGUGCUGAGUCUUAGACGUGCUGCUGUCCCUGGCCUCCAAAAGCCUAGGUCUAGUCUGUCCAUUUGGGCCCUGCUUCAGAUGGAAAAGAUGAUUAAAACACCCUUUCUUAGUCACCAGCUUUGGAGUUGACUUGCUCAGGCAAUCUUGGAGAACAUCGGUAGCUGCGGGCGCUAUUAUCUCUUCAUCCGCACCCUGAAUCAGGCUUCUCGCCACCGAAGAGCCCCCCACGCCCGCCACAGAGCCCCCACACACUGCUGCUCCGAGCCGGGCACUCUGGCUUGGGUGACGGUGGAGGAGGCAGUGGGGAAGGACUAAAAUUGGAAACCUGCAAUUCCAAGGACGACACAGGUGCAGGCAGUGACAGACAUGGAGUAACCGGGGCUGGGCCAGCUUGUCUGUAGAGUGACUGAGACAUCAAGGCCUUCAGGGAAGAGAGAAGACAGUCGCUUCUGGGUACGUGGGCAGGAGGUGAGGCUGACAGACAAGGGAAGGCAGAGGUGCCAUCGGUGCCCAGGCUUUCCUGGCCUGCCCUUGCUCCUGCUCUCCUGAGUCGUGUGUCCUCAAAGGAAGGGCUGGCCCAGCUUCCUUCCCGGGCUUCCUGGGGCACAAAGCCAGUCUGGUGUGAGACUGGUCUCUGACCACUGGGACCUGGGGAAACAGGACAUGCCCAAGGAAGAACUGGGAGGCCCUGUGCACAUCAUGUGAAGCAGUGCUAUGGAUAAGUGACAGCAGACCCGGAGAUUAAAGUGUGCGUUUUUUAUUUAAAUGGGUAUAUUUUGAUAUUUUAGUUGUUUGUGUGUCCGUCCAUCUUGGUUCAUGAUAUUCUCAGUGAUGGGAAAAGCCAAUGUUAAUAAAGAAAGGGGACCUGGGAGAGGGAGGGGGAGGCGGAGGGCCCAUGGGAUGAUGGGUGAGCUGCUGUGUUUGCCUGUGAGUCACAGUGAGUUGGGGACGUGUUGAGGGCACGUGGAUGCAGGUGGCAGAGUAUCCCCUGGUAGAUGAACUGCGUCUCUGGGCCGUGCAGAGACUCCUUAGGAAGCCGGGGACGUUUGUCAUGGAGCUGACAGUGCAUGCCAGCUGUCCCGCCCACGCGUGCUCACCGGAGCGCUGUCCUGGCUGCUCCGGCUCCGUUCCGCAGCCUCCAGUGCUGCCGGCCACCCUCCCGACACAAAGUCUCACAGAGAAGACGGGUGGCCACCCUCCUGACACAAAGUCUUACAGAGAAGACGGGCCUCAUCUCAGCCUCACUCUGCCCCUGGCAUGGGGUGGGGAGGGGCUGCCACUCACCCCCAGGCACUCCAUGCUCAAAACACUUUGCCACACCCGUCAGUGCUACUCAUCGUCUCAAAGACUCACACGGCUCCUGGACUAGACUCAGGCCACCUCUGCCGGAGGCCGCAGCCUCGGCUUUAGCGAUGGAGACGUACACCGUCGCCCAUUGGUGAAGUCACACGCGGAAUCUGGUCUCCGGACGCCAAGCCUUAGGUCUUCUCUGCUGGAUCCGCGAUUCCCAAAACCGCCUGCCCACACAGAUGACUCGACUGCUGCAUGUGGGGUGGGCAAGAAGCAGCAAAUCUACACGACCCAUCCUCCCAACCCAGGGUUCUGCCUGAACCUUACAGGAGUGGAAACUGACUUGGCUGUAGGGAUCCAGAUUGACCAACAUGGGGUCCAGGUGCUUCAAGGGCCUCGCUUUUCCUGCCAGGAUCCCCCUCUGACCUCCUAGGAAGCUGGUCAGUGAGGCUCAGAGUUGGGGGCUCUGGACAUCCGAGUGGGGCGAGGACACUCAUGAGCUGCUGCGAGCAGCCGCCGGGGCUCCCGCUGCCGGGGUGGCGAGAAGGGGGUUCUUAUAUUUGCCUGAUGCUCAGGGUGUUGGUGUUUACAGGCCACUUCCACAUGCCCUGUUUCAUUGGGUCUGUGAGAGGCUGGGGGGAUGCUGGGGUCCCUCAAACAAAGUGAAAGAAGUUGAAAAGGAGCUUUUAAAAACCCAGAGCCAGGCCCACGGACUGUCUAGGGUUCUUUCCAGUUCCUGCGACUCCUGAGGGCCUGGGGUCUGGCUGACCCUCCGUACCGCCCGCCGAGCACGGUGGCAGGAGCCCUGCUCUCGAGGCCCACGACCUGGUGCCGUGGAGGGAAGCCGUGAGCACAGACACGCUGCCCGUCCUACCCGGGCACUGCCCAGCGACUGCUGAUGUGCCGGGGACUCAGCCUCGCCCCGUGCUGGGGGCGCCUGGAUAACUGUGUCACAGAUUUUAGACUCCUCCUUGAAGAGGGAUUUCUGAGCCAAAGUACAAAUUUGAGACUCAGAUUUCCGGGCCUUGGGGGUGACCUGCUUAGGAUCUAACUGUCUGCCACUUCCCUCAUUUGGGAUUUUCAGUAGAACGAAGAGGGCAGAUACCGAGGGAGGCAGCGCGGUUACUCUGCAUGGUGGUGGUUGGCUGGUGGGGCUGGACCUGCUCCCGGGAAGGCUGAACGAGAGGAGCCCCUCAGCGUGGCUUCCAGGGAGCACCGCUGUGUGGGCGAAGGUAUACACGCUGCCCGAGAGCCUCCUGUGGGAGGAAGGAGAAGGGACGGAGGCUGAGGAAGGUGCUGCCCACGUCACCUAUCUGUUCGUUUUUUGUUACUCAUCUGUGGCAUCGAAACUGAACUGUCUGCCUGUUGCCCAGGACUUCUUUUCAGUGUCAAAUAUACAAAGCGAAUUGCAUUGUAAUGUUUCAAACUGUGAAAUAAAGCAUUUUUCACCUCC